AUGGACAAUCCGUCUGAUGAGGCUUUGCGGCAAGAGCCAUUGACUCCCACAGCCGGAAUUUCAGGCGGGUCACGACCAGAAUCACCAUCAGAUGAGACACCCAUAGACGAAAACGGCGAUAGAGGGCCAGCACCAAUUCAGAAAAGGCGAAGAGUAACCAGAGCGUGCGAUGAGUGUCGUCGGAAGAAGAUCAAAUGCGACGGCAAACAGCCCUGUACGCACUGUACUGUGUACAGUUAUGAAUGUACUUAUGAUCAACCCUCGAAUCGGCGGCGGAACCCCGCGCCGCAGUAUAUCGAAGCACUUGAACAGAGGCUGCAAAAAGCAGAAGCGAUCCUGCGCUCUGUGCUCCCAGGUCUUGACCUCGACGAUCCCAAAUUCGACGCGCGAAGUGUAGAACAAAUAAUCGAAAGCUCGCGAGUAAGUGCUCCCACUAAUAUCGUCGAUGGCCCUGUCGUACCACAAACGGAUCCGCCGAAACCAGACGAUGAUGCACAGCUUCAGUCAAUGGUUGAUCGUACAGGCGCUUUGGAUUUGGACGACUCUGGGCAUUGGGACUUUCAUGGUCAUUCGUCUGGAUACGUUUUCAUGCGUAAGUUCCGCGCUCAGUUUGGAGACCAGUAUUUGGCCGAGUACCGUCAUCCGAACAAGAAUCGAAUCAUAUCUCAGUUCCUUGAAUCCCCGAGAUCUGCCAAUUCGUCACCAUUCGAAUUCAAUCUACCUGCUGCCGGCGUGGAUCUACCACUCAAAGAAAAGGCAAUCGAACUUUCACUAAACACACUCGAUGAUUGCUGUGCUAUGAUGCGGCCUAUACACAAGCCGACCUUUUUCCAACGUCUACAUGCUGUCUACGAUACGGAUCCUGAGCAGUGGAACAACGGUCAUGUUCAAUUCCUGCCCUUGCUGUACGUGGUGAUGGCAGUAGGCUGCUUGUUUUCAAAGUCUGGGGCCGACACCACACUGGAUAUCAAAGGCUACAAAGAGGCCAUGGAGCAAGGGUACCAGUACUUCAACACAGCCAAGCAGAUGUUGGACAUCACCGACUGCAGGGACUUGGUCACGAUCCAAGCCAUCGCCUUCAUGAUCAUGUUCCUUCAGUCUUCCGCUAGACUACCCGUAUGCUACGCGUACAUUGGCAUUGCUCUGAGGGCAUGCUGCCGGCUAGGUCUGCAUCGAAACAUCCCCAAAACAUUUACUCCUUUGGAGUCGGAAGAACGAAAGCGAAUAUUCUGGGUGAUCCGGAAGAUGGAUUCGUAUGUUGGAGCGGUGCUGGGCCUUCCCCAAAUGCUGAGUGACGACGAUAUCGACCAAGAACUACCGACUGAGGUCGAUGACGAUUACAUAACAACGGAGGGCAUUCGGCCCAUGCCUGCGGGCAGCUUCCCUCUCCAAAAGGCAUCCAAUGCGCACGGCAAAUUGACAAACAUUCUCAGGAAAGUCGUUCGAUAUAUUUACCCGGUGAGGGGCGCGAUGUAUAAUGGACAAGCAGACUCCAGGUACUCUAUCAGUCACAAGCGGAUUCGUGAGCUUGAAAGAGAUCUUCAAACUUGGAUGGACCAGCUACCAACGGAGUUGAGACCUUCGGACAACGCUGAAAACGAGCUGUCCAGGGUUCAACAGCUUCUUCGAAUGUCAUACGCACAUGUACAGAUGAUGGUGUAUCGACCAUUUAUUCACUAUGUGUCACAGGCCUGCCAGGCCAGGAACAUAGACAAGAGGAGCUUUGCCUGUGCAGCGGCAUGUAUUAGCGUGGCUCGAAACAUUGUUCAUAUCACAACCGAGAUGAAGAAACGUGGGUUGCUGGUAGGAUCGUACUGGUUCGUCAUGUAUACGACAUAUUUCGCAAUCUUGUCUUUGGUGUUCUUUGUCAUUGAGAAUCCAAACAGCCCUACGAGUCAGGACAUUCUCAAAGACGCGGUAGAAGGAAGAGACACAUUGGCCGCCCUUGCGAAAAGAAGCUUGGCAGCGGACCGGUGUACUGGGAGUUUGACCGGUUUAUUCGAUGUUCUGCCCGAGAAAUUGAAGGAAAGGCGCAGUUCUCUCGGUACCGCCCCAGCAACAUCUCGCAAACGACCGCCACCUGUUUUCACUGAGACGGGGUCAGCGAAUGAGAGGCAGACUGCUCCAACCGUGACCACGCCCACCAGCUUGAGGGAAGCCUCAGGCACGCCCAGCCGAGCGAGGACCCUGCCAUCAGAUUUUCUUGCUAAGCUGGCGAAGCGAAACUCGAUGCCAGAUCCGCAUGCACUUUCAAACCUCUCGGAGGGAUCUUUGCAAAUGUCAAAUCCUCCUCCAACUAUGGCAUAUCAAAGUCCAGCCACGGAAUCUCCUAUAUCCAGCCACUUUGACUUUACUACACCUCACAUGGCCAAUGCCCAGAUCCCUGACUUGAAGAACGUCAUGUUCCCUAGCGACAAUCCGUUCGCGUAUCCAAACCAGCCCAUCAGCACCCUGGAAUCGACGGAUGGGCCAUACUCGUUUUCGGACCACAAUUUUGGCUCAACCGAUGAAAGCAUAUUUGGCACGCCGACUGGCGGUAGCACGAGCACGCAGAUGCCGCUGCCAACCCCACACUAUGGCACCUACGACUUUUCUUUCCAGCAGGCGCUCAACGAGAAUUCUUGGCUUGGUGGACAAAAUCUGGCUGGAGGCCAUGGACCACCAUAUAGUGCACCGAUAACGGAUAUUCUGAUGCAGAAUGCAAUAGGAGGGGAUCAUGUUGAUCUCAGUGGAAUGCCUAUGCCGAUGGGCAGUAACAAUGCGUCUGCUGACUCGACAGGAACAAAUCGUGGCUCAGCACACGGGUUUCAGUCGAGUAUGGACGAUUAUUUCAACUCGGAAGGUUGGAACCCGAACCCGAGUUCGACCUGGGGAGAUCAACACUACAGCAGUAACCCGCAGUGA